UGCAACGAGUGGAGGAUAGCAACAGUUGCCCCGGUGAAGGCAAGGCGCCAUAGUCACGGUAGUCCUGGCGACAAGAACCAAGCAACGAUAGUCAACAACAACAAGCGAGAUCUAAGGGAUUACAUUUUUACAAAGGAAACGGACGAUAGUGGGAUAUAAAGUGUCUCAAAUCGUUAGUUGCCAUGGCAACAUGUGGAUACUCCGAAGACCUUCAACCUCAGCAGGCCAGUGCAGUAACCAUAGCAACAUCUACUGCUACCACACUCUCGUCUGCAAAGGCUGCACACUUCCUGUCCGAGAUACCAACAGCCUCUGGAACAAUCUCAUCAACCAACCAAGCAGCAGUGGCCUCUAAAGCAGGACAGGAUACACUUUGUUCUCAAGCGCCACCCACCCAGAGCCAUAAGCCAGUGGGCCUACCGACUCCGCCACAACUUUACAAUAUCCAUCAAUCCACAGUUCAGAAGAGUAAUGGACAUGGCAGUUCUCCCCAGUACAUCAUAGUAACGGUUACAGAGGGCUCUGGUCACUCUAAUGACAGCCUGUCAGACUCGAGCCCACCGGCGCCAGGAAUCCCCACUCAGGUGGUCCAACCUGUACAAACCACCCCACAGAGGUCGGUGCUGCAGGCAACCAAAAGGCUUCAGACGGCUCACAUCAGCAGCCUGCAGCCAGUUCACAUCAACCAGGAGGUGGAGCAUGUAUAUUCUGGUCCGGUGCAGUACGUGGACGAAGCAGGAGAUGCAACUUUCUCCACAUCCACCAUCCGAUCCAGCAACUAUUCAUUCUCCGACUCGCCCCUCUACACUCAGACCGCUCCUUCGUCCUCCUCCCCCUUCUACGACGCCACACCCAGCUCUGAGUCAGACAUCGCCACUUCUGUAAACUCACAGCCGGUUGCUGUGGCAACAGCAGGAGCUGGGAGCGGGGCUGCUGCGGCAGGUGGAGGGAGGUUCAUCAUCCAGGGGAGUUAUAUGUUGGGGGGAGGAGAUGGCGGAGGAGGACAGAGCUACUCUAGUCCAAAUUCUCGUGCGCCACCUGCUACAGUGCAGUGGCUGCUUGAAAACUACGAGGGGGCUGAGGGGGUGAGUCUGCCGCGCUGCACCCUUUACUACCACUACCUCCUGCACUGCCAGGAGCAGAAGCUUGAGCCCGUUAAUGCUGCAUCCUUCGGUAAACUCAUCAGGUCUGUCUUCAUGGGGCUACGCACACGCAGAUUAGGAACCAGAGGAAACUCUAAGUACCACUACUAUGGCCUGAGGAUCAAAUCAGGUUCUCCUUUGAUCAGACUCAUGGAUGAACAGCAACACAUGGCCAUGAGGCAGCAGCCUUUUUCACAGAAGAGCAGGAUAAAGCCACUGCAGAAAGCCCAGGGGAUCGCCAAUGGGAUGGCAGGCGGAGCCAAUCAGCUGCAGGGAGCAGCACUCAGUGAUAUUUCAGCCCAGGUUCACCAGUACCAGCAGUUCAUGGAGGCAUCAAAGCCCCUGCAAGACUUUGUGGAAAUGGAUCUAGAAGGUCAAACUCUGCCUAAUGGGAUCGUUUUAGAACAACUCAAGGCCUUUCAGACUCUGUACAGGGAGCAUUGUGAGGCUAUUCUGGAUGUGAUGGUCAAUCUUCAGUUUACGCUUGUUGAGAUGCUGUGGAAAUCAUUCUGGAGGUUCAGCCAGAGUGUCGAUGCGGAGUCCACCAGCCUGCACACCGAGUCUGAGAAACGCCUGCCCAGAUCCUGCCUGGUGGCACUCUGCAAGUUUGAACCAGUCCUACACUGGACAAGAGCGUGUGAUAACCUGCUAUACCAGACUCUGGUGGAGAUUCUUAUCCCUGACGUGCUCAGACCAAUUCCUAGUGCCUUAACUCAGGCCAUCCGUAACUUUGCCAAGAGUCUGGAGAACUGGCUGACAGGUGCCAUGAUGAACAUUCCAGAGGAGAUGGUUCGCAUAAAGGUAGUGUGUAUUGGCUCCUUCUCCCAGACGCUGCGUCGCUACACCAGCCUAAACCACCUGGCACAGGCCGCUCGCGCCGUCCUCCAGAACACCGCUCAAAUCAACCAGAUGCUGUCUGACCUGAACCGCGUUGACUUCACUAACGUACAGGAGCAGGCAUCCUGGGUGUGUCAGUGUGAAGACCGUGUGGUCCAGCAGCUGGAGCAAGACUUCAAAGCGACUCUGCAGCAGCAGAACUCUCUGGAACAAUGGGCUACCUGGUUGGACAGUGUUGUUUCCCAGGUUCUAAAGCCCUAUGAGCAGAACCUUGCUGCCCUGCCAAAGGCGGCCAAAGUCUUUCUGCUUAACUGGUCCUUCUAUAGCUCCAUGGUGAUUCGCGAUCUCACUCUGCGCAGUGCUGCAAGUUUUGGCUCCUUUCACUUGAUCCGCCUGCUGUAUGAUGAAUACAUGUACUACCUGAUUGAGCACAGAGUGGCCAAGGCUAAAGGAGAGACACCCAUAGCUGUCAUGGGAGAAUUUGCCAGCUCCAUCAAAAGCAGAAACACUCCCGAUCUGGAUAAAGAAGAUGAGGAAGAGGAUGAGGAAGAGGAGAGUGAGGAGGAGAAUGGAGAGAUUGUGCUGGUGUCUAGCUCUCUGAGUAAAGUCAGUGAAGUGAAGGAGAUGAUGCAACCACCUGCCAAGCAGCCCAAGACAAGUUUCAACCUACACACUCUCCCCGAGACCCAUGGCACACCCCCUUAACCAAUCAGCUGUGUUACUGACUCACACCUUUACUUUCAUUCAUCCUUUACUGAAAAAAAUUGGGCCACCCCGUGACUGUUUAAGGGUAGCAACGUGUGUGUGUGUGUGUGUGUGUGUGUGUGUGUGUGUGUGUGUGUGCGUGCGUGCGUGCGUGCGUGCGUGUGUGUGUGCAUACAAGAUUCUGGCUACAAAGUCCAAGUCGCACAUGAUGAGUCAACACAUUCACACACCCAAAGCGUCAAAUAUUGACGCGUGUGACCAAGCCUCAAAAUGUGACGAUUAGGAAGCCCCAGUGCGUCGGGAGAGGACACGCAGGGACACGUGUCACCGGGAGCUUCAGUAUCCGACGCCCGCAGUGGCACGGACAUUAUUCCUCGAACCUCUAGCGAUUUAACCUUCCACUCACCCCCAUCCUAACCUUAACUCAGUCUUUUCCUGGCACUCGCAGAGUACAGAUGCUUCUCUUUUUGCUCCCUUAUCUUUUUGUUCCAAGGCUCUUUGUCCUGUCUGCCCACAGAGCACUUCUCUGCAUUUCUUCUGAAAACCCCUAUUUUUAACCAUGGAUUUGAUAAAUUGGUCAUUCAACGCGAUUGAUAAGAUUUUUUCAACAAUGAGAACGGAGCAGGGGGCUCCCACAUGCCCGCAGUGGACACAGCUGGCGGGGUAUAUGCUGGAUUCCUGGAAGGAGUGGAAGAUCCCAGCUGUCCAUUGAGGACGUCAAAGAUGUGUGGAUAUUUGGCCUGAUGAUCACUGGAUUUCUCCUGAUUGGAGUGGGAGGAUAUCUGGUUUUCUGGAAAUUUGGGAAGAUGGGAGCGAUUGGAGGGCGACCCGCACCCAAGGAAAGCACCAUCCGUGUGGAGACCUCACAGACUGUGACGUUACUCGAGGUGAAUCGUAAGCUGGACAAUGUUCUAGCUGCGAUACCGGUAUUAGUGCGCUAAAUGGAUGUCGUCUCGGAGAGGGUCACCGGACGGUAUGGACAAGUUUAAAAACCUAAAUUGGCUUCACUGAAGGACUGGAAUGAUCAGUAAAGACUGAAGGCAGAGAGGAAAAUUAUCUCAGCCUGACCCAAACAAAGUCUUGUUAUCCGAAUCUGAGCCAGAGCAGCCUUGAAAUGCUAACAACAAACCCCCACGAAGGAAUGCAGACAGAUGCUGUGAAACCCCCCCCCCCCCCCCCUUCGGAUUGGUGGACUUCAGCCUGGCGAGGUCAUCAACCUGCAGGAGUCAAUGUGCUCUGCGCUUCUCCCGAGAACUCCCUCCCACCUGUGGCUACAGUGGCUGAGCGCCGUACACGGCUGCUCUCGCUGGGGAAACAGGAUCCCAGGCCCCCCCCCCCCCCCCUUCCUAUUGGAGUCUCAUGUUAUGUUGUGUUGUCUGACGUCUGUUGCUUAUCUGUUUGAGGUGUUUUUUUUUGCAGAGCAAAGCUGCCCUCCUGGUGGGAGGGUAGCUAUGAAGUGCCUUUUUUUCCUUCCUCCCGAAUCAGUUCCUCAUGUAACCCUCUUAUCUCUAUUAAGGUAGCGCGACUCAGGGUUGCGAAUGACCACAGUCACCAAUUCUUGUCAUGUGUCUUGCCCAUGUAUGACUGAUCUCUGAAUUGUGUGUACUGAAACUCUAAUUUCCCUCUGGGAUGAAUCAAGUAUCUUUGAAUUGAAUUGAAUAAGCUUUGCAUGCGCAACCUAGUUAAGGUUAGAAUGGGGGUGAGGGGAAGGUUAUGUAGUUCACAAGACGGUCAAAUGUCCAUCUCACCAUGGGCGUCGGAUACUGACGCUCUGGCACAGCGCGUCCUCUCCCGACACGCUGGGGCUCCCUAAUCGUCAAAUUUUGAGGCUUGGUCACACGCGUCAAUAUUUGACGCUUUGGGUGUGAGAAUGUGUUGGAUGAGUUGGGUUUUAAAUCAUGGCAGAAUGAUCUUUGUGUGUGUGUUCAUGAUGGAAGAAUGUGUAAGAGCCCUUUGCUUAUUUAGGACAGUUGAGCUGCUAUGUUGUGAAUUGUCUUUGCUGGUUUGGUCCACCCCUUGCUCUCUUCUCCAGUACCCCUUCCCCCACGCGCCUUAAUUGCUGACCUAACUGCUGUGGAUGGAGAGAUGACCACCAUGUUCUUCAUUGUCCUCUGAAACCCAAAAAGACCACUGGCUUUGCCUUUAAUGAAACAACUAUGCAGGAACGGUCUUAAAAAAACACAUUUAGGAAGAGCAGCAGGAAUCAUCCCCCACCUGUUGGCACAUGAUUUUGUGGAUUCCACAUUUUAAUAGAAAUAUUAUUUGUUAUUUUUAUUUGGCCAACUAACUUAAUUUGUGCCUUUGAGAGAUUUAUUAGCUAAAAAAAGUUGUGUUCUAUAUAUAAAUAUCUAUAUUGUAUAUCAGUGGAUAAAUAAAUUAAUAUCCUGUGAAAGUCUCUCAGUCUUGUGACAAACUUAUAGUAAAUAUUAAACAGUUUAAGGCACUUUUGCCUUGAGGGAAAAAAAUUCUGCUUUUUUCCAAAUUUGAUUAAAUCACACACACGCACACAUUUCCCAAGAUGCUGCUUUAAGUGGACCACAGCAUGAGGCCAAAGCUAACCCCACAAAUGUCACUAAGAGAUGAAAAUAUUUUUUUGUAAUAAACUGAACUUGUUGCAUAUAAUCUAUAUGAUUUAUCUUUUUGUGAACAGUUAUAUAUCAAGACUAUUUUUAUGUCAUUUAACCAUUACUGCCUUAAAUUGUUGUCCUGAAGUGCGCUGUGCAGAGUACAGAUGUAUUUUUUUUAUGUGACGAUGAUGAUGUAAACAUGUAAAUGAUGUUAAUUCUCAGUUGACCCUGCUCCUUUUCUUUUAACCACACACUCAGCUUCUCACAUGGAACGAGCAAAGAUAAUGUUCAUACAUACAAAUAUGGAGAAAAAUAAAUGCAAACUACUGCAGAAGUGAGACAUCACUCAGGACCACCUCUUUACCAAAAAUAAGUUACAUCUACACUUACAAACAUCUCACUGAAUAGUUUGAUCAACUUUGAUGUCAUGACUUGUGAUUUUCUUUUUCUUCUAUUGUGAUUUAGAAUUUUUUUUUGACAUUUUGUCUUUUUUUAUGUCACCCUGAAGACCUUUGUACUGAAGUCUGUGAUCCAUGCUUGUAGCUUCAUCCUGUCAACUAAAGAGAUACUCUGAAA